GGGGCCGUGCGUGGCAGCGGCGCGUGACGUCAGGGGAAGGAGCUGGCCAGUGCUGAGGGGGCGCGGCGCGGAGGGGCGCGGAGGGGUGCGGAGCCGGGUGGCUCGGGGCCCAGAGAGCGCCGCGGCCGGUAGCCAGCCGGCUCCUGACAGCCCCCCUCCCCCCGGUGGACGACGACGACGACGACGACGAGUGCGCCGGUCAUGGCGGAACAGCGAACCCAGCGCGGUCCCUGAGCACCUCCGCAUGGAGCGGGACGAACGGCCGCCUAGCGGAGGGGGAGGCGGCGGGGGCUCGGCGGGGUUCCUAGAGCCGCCAGCCGCGCUCCCUCCGCCGCCGCGCAACGGUUUCUGUCAGGAUGAGUUGUCAGAGCUUGAUCCAGGCACUAAUGAGGAAACUGACAGUUUAACACUUGGCCAAGGUCACACAGCUGUUUCUGUUCCAGAUGAUCGGGCCGAACAACGAACCUGUCUUAUUUGUGGGGACCGUGCUACAGGCUUGCACUAUGGGAUCAUCUCCUGUGAGGGCUGCAAAGGGUUCUUCAAGCGGAGCAUUUGUAACAAACGGGUAUAUCGAUGCAGUCGUGACAAGAACUGUGUCAUGUCUCGGAAACAGAGAAACAGGUGCCAAUACUGCCGCCUACUCAAAUGCCUCCAGAUGGGGAUGAACCGGAAGGCUAUCAGAGAAGAUGGCAUGCCUGGAGGCAGGAAUAAGAGCAUUGGGCCAGUCCAGAUAUCAGAAGAAGAGAUCGAAAGGAUCAUGUCUGGACAGGAAUUUGAGGAAGAAGCCAAUCACUGGAGCAACCAUGGUGACAGCGACCACAGUUCCCCCGGGAACAGAGCUUCAGAGAGCAACCAGCCCUCCCCAGGCUCCACAUUGUCCUCCAGUAGGUCUGUGGAACUAAACGGAUUCAUGACAUUCAGGGAUCAGUACAUGGGGAUGUCUGUGCCUCCACAUUAUCAAUACAUACCACACCUUUUUAGCUAUUCUGGCCACUCACCACUUCUGCCCCCACAAGCUCGCAGCCUUGACCCACAGUCAUACAGCCUGAUUCACCAACUGAUGUCAGCUGAGGACCUGGAACCAUUGGGCACACCCAUGUUGAUCGAAGAUGGAUAUGCUGUGACACAGGCAGAGCUGUUUGCCCUGCUCUGCCGCCUGGCCGAUGAGCUGCUCUUUAGGCAGAUUGCCUGGAUCAAGAAGCUGCCUUUCUUCUGCGAGCUCUCAAUCAAGGAUUACACGUGCCUCUUGAGCUCUACAUGGCAGGAGUUGAUCCUGCUAUCGUCCCUCACAGUUUACAGCAAACAGAUCUUUGGAGAGCUGGCUGAUGUUACUGCCAAGUAUUCGCCCUCUGAUGAAGAAUUACACAGAUUUAGUGAUGAAGGGAUGGAAGUGAUUGAGCGGCUCAUCUAUCUGUAUCACAAGUUCCAUCAGCUAAAGGUUAGCAAUGAGGAAUACGCGUGCAUGAAAGCAAUUAACUUUCUAAACCAAGAUAUCAGGGGUCUGACCAGUGCUUCACAGCUGGAACAAUUGAACAAGCGAUAUUGGUACAUUUGCCAGGAUUUCACUGAAUAUAAAUAUACACAUCAGCCAAACCGCUUUCCUGAUCUCAUGAUGUGUUUACCCGAGAUUCGAUACAUUGCAGGAAAGAUGGUGAAUGUACCCCUGGAACAGCUGCCCCUCCUCUUUAAGGUGGUGCUGCACUCCUGCAAGACAAGUGUGGUCAAGGAAUGACCUGUUCCCUGCACCAGCCACAGCGCCUUGGAUAGGCAGGACAGGCUCCAGAGGAAAGAGCCAGAGAGACCAACAUGGAGGCUGUGCAGCUGUUGUUUCUAUUGCAGGAAGAGUUUUUUGUUUGUUUGUCUGUUAUUUUAACCUCAUUUUUCUAUAUAUUUAUUUCACGACAGAGUUGAAUGUAUGGCCUUCAACAUGAUGCACAUGCUUUUGUGUGAAUGCAGCAGAUGCAUUUCCUUGCAGUUUACAGAAUGUGAAGAUGUUUAAUGUUACAGUGUUGUCCUUGUAUAGAGAUAGUUCUUUUGUAUUUUGAGGGAGAGGGCAGGGUGGCUGAGAUGACUAUGUCCAUAGUGUUGACGAAGACGACUACCUCAAUGGAAAUGGGGGUGUGACCAUCCCUACUUUUUCCACAUUUUCUCACAGACUUAUACAUUUGUCUGUCAGAGAGCAAACUGCCUUUUUCUAGCCACAGACUUGUCAGGUAAAGAGUGCACCAAAGUGGUGCUGGGAGAAGUACUCAUUGAGAUGGGUGAGAUGCAGGAGAUGAGGAUUAAGCCAUCUCAUUUCUUUGAAAAAUAUGAAAGUUGAGAGUAGGCACAGUGACCACAUCUAAAGCAGAUGUCUUCCCACCCAAGAAGUCCUGAGGGCAGAAGACUGUCUGUCCUUACAUCCUGCUGCCCCCUCCCAUCACUAUCAAGUUUCUGCCACUGUCAACUUUUCAUCCAGGCAAAGUCCCAGCAAUAAGUCAAUCCAUAGGACUUGCCUACCAGCUCCCUUGGGCCUUACAGCUACCUAAUUUCCUUAUGUGGAUCUGCUAAGGCCUGUCUUCAUCAAUCUCCUUCCCUCUCCCAUAUAAAUUUGACUUCCUGUCAGCCCUUUGAAAAGCUGACUGAGCAGAAUGGCAGGUUUUCAAUACUGAUGCCCACUACUCAUUUUUUAUUAUUAUUUUCUUCAAAGGAUAGUGGGAUAAAGGCCAGGCUGCUGAAUGAAUAAAUACUCCUUCUUUGGAAUCCCCUGUUCCUCUCUCCACCCUACCCUACCCUCAUGACUGAAUCAAAAAAGUAUAGUCUCUUUUUUAAAUAAUGGAAAGGAUCAUUCGCCUAUCUGCUGAUCAGAAAUUUUUGCUCCUAAGUUUUAUUCCAAGUUCUCUUAAUCUCCCCAAAGUGAGGCCAAAUUUUCCCAGCGUCCCAGAACAAAAAGCCCAGAGUAGCCCCGCUUACCCCUUAGGUUGCCUGCUGACCAGGGCUUGAAGGGCUGGAGCCAAAAGCAUCUGGAAUGAAAGGGGUGGGGCCCUACACUACCUCAUGUUUCUAAGGGUCUGGCUGCUACCUCAGCAGAUAUGGCCUAGACCCCUUUAUUUUGCUACCUGCCCUACCUAAUUCCAGGACAUUUUUCUUGCCUCUUUUAACUUUUGGGCAGACAUCAGGUCUGUCUUGGAGCUCCUUCAGGAGUUUUUCCCUUCUCUGCCUUAAUACAGUGGCUGCUCCUGCCCACAACCAGGCACCUUCUUUUAUAGCUAGUGCAUCCUUGGGUGGGCUUGAGGGGCCCAUAGGACCUCCUUCUGCCUUCUGUUUGAUCAAAGGCUGUUGCUCUCCCCCAACUCAGCCUAGUAAACCUACCCAGGGGGCUGUGACAUCUUGUGCAUACUGAGUUGUCUGGGUUUGAUUGUAAUAUUUUCUUUCUGACAAAAUAUUACGGGUAUCAACAGAGUGAUGAUUUUUAUCCUUUGAUGGAUCUAAAAUUCAGAGCAUUAUUUCUCAGUUCUAUUUCCCUAACUGCUCUGAGAAAGAAAGAAAAGACAUAUCCCUCAGGAAAAGCUUCAACUAGCAUAUUUUUCAUAUAGCAAUGGGAAGAUUUGUGUGUGUUGUGUUUGUUUCUGUUUUUUUUUUUUUUUUUUUUGUAAGUUCACAGUAUUUUUCUUGUUUUCCUGAAUUCUUUAUUUAACCAACUAGACCAUAUUCUUUGGCUACAGGUCAGAUUCCGGGCUGCCUUCCUCAAGAUGAGGAGACACAUAUCAGAGACCCUUCUCUAAGACAGCUCCUGUGUGCAGCAUCUUUCAUGGCUUAGACCUCCAUCUGUCAGAUUAUUAUUUUUUAAAUUGCUGUUAAAAUUAAGCAUUUUACCUAUUCUGUUGGGUGUCAAAGGAAAUUGCUCUUUGAUGAGGCAAGAACAUCUCUCUCCAAUAAUGUAGUAUUAAACAGAGCAAGUUGUUAAUUUGUGGAGUGGGGGAAAGGUUCUGCAAGUUGCCAUUGUAUAAAUCCAUUUUUACAAAUGUUUGCAGCAGAUUCCACAGAACAAAGAGCCCAUUCAUUGCCGAGAGCCCUGCAGAAUCUCUGAGCCAAGUGGCUGUGUGUUCCGAGCCGGAGCCUGACCUGUGGCCCGCCUUUAAUGUCUUCUGCACCCAGUCCUUUUAUGACGUGGGCUUCUUCUAAACAGGGUAAAGUGAAUGUGUUGCAUUGCAAACUCAGGUAUUAUGAGGAGAAGGUAGGAGUGUAGCUAGCUGUGGAGACAUUAGGUCAGCCACUAGAUGUAUUUGUGAAUUUGGUUUGAAGGACACAGAGAAAGGUUGGAGGGGGAGGUUUGGUAUGUUUGUUUUUUGCCUUUCUUCCCAUAAUGUUUGGUUAACAGGCAGCCUUUUUGCUAGUGGAAGAAGAAAAAAGUUGUACAUGCUGUCUCUGAUUCCUCUGUCUUCUGUCCUUUCUCUGAUCCCAGCCACCAAAAGCACUCAUUUUGAGUGAGAAUUUUCCCACCAUAAAAAUGUGACCCAGAAAGCUGUGUGGAAAGGAGAAUCCCACCUCCUUGCACUGUGUGGAAACAUGCAAGCUUUUUCCUUCUUUUCCUUUUGAACAUUUUCUUGACCCAAAACAAAAGUUUGGAAUUUUAGAGCUUCAUCUGUAAUUCAUGCUGUCCAGCUCCCUUUGCAGAUUUUUGGAGUUCUUUGCAAAGUUUAGUGGUCUUUCCCUUAAUCUGGAGAAUUCCCCCAAACCUGUCUAAAAGCACUCCACCUGGUUUAGAGGGCUCCCCACCCUGUGCACAGCCCACAAGUGAGGUGGGCAGGCCUCCAGGGAUAGAGGGAAACAGGCAGGAACCUCCCUAUUCUGAUACCCAGAACCUUAGCAGGGAUGGGGGAACUUAGGGAUCUCCAUGGCAUCACUGGAAGUCAUCCAUUCCACACCAGCCUGCUUCUGACCUUCCCCCACUUAUCAGGGGAGUGAGUGCCUGCCAUGGGCAGCAUCACCAGAUCCUUAAAACUCUGGCCUCUCUGGGUUGGCUGCCUUGCUUUGCUAUACCCAUUCUCCAUAAUUGUUUAUUCUUGAUUUCCUGGGAAAUGGAGAGAUGGAGAUAGACAACCUGGUAUGGGAAAUAUCUAAGCCAUGACCAAGGUUGGCCAGAAUAAAGGGACCCUGGUCUGCCAACAGGAAGUUGAGCUGUGAUUCCAAGUCUUUAGUUUUGGGCCUCUGAUCUAUGUGUUUUAUCCUUGUUGCUUUUUAAAUUUUUGCAAUUGUUUUAAGAAAUCCAGUCUUUCAGAUCAUCUCUUUUUUUAAACUUGAAAUUUUUCUUUAUUAACUUUUUUAAAGUUUAAAAAAAAAAAAACUGAAUUUAAAAAAAAAAAAAAAAAAACACUACUCUUACCCCCCCACACACCUGGAUCCACAAGGGUACCCCCACACUCCCUUCUGCCUCCACAGUUGAUCAUUCUCCCUUUUUCCUCAGCUGGAAGCAUCUAUGUCCAGCAUCUAUGAAAUGAUGUUUUAUCUGUGUCUCAGGAUGAGAAACGGCAAUCAUCCCACCAGGUGCUGGAAACUGGUGAGCCUUGAGGCAAGGGUUUCUAGGGCCAUAGCUCAGGGAUGUGUAUUUAAUUACAGGGUCCCCAGAAACCCCUGUCUUGGCUGCCACAAGCAACAUCUUCUCUUCUGGGCUUGGGAUCCAGGCCUGGACUGUUUUCUCAGAGGCAGGGGCCCCCAGAGAGCCUGCUGAGUGUGAGCAAGCUGGGGCUUCCUCUUUGGCCAGGCCUGGCCUACCUUGAGACUUGAAGAUUUCUGACUGUCCUGCGACAUGAGCCACAAUGGCCCUGCCUUUACCAGCAAAUAAACCUGGCCCCUUUGUUUAGACCUCCCUCUUCCAGGCCUGCAGCCCUCAGAAGUCAGCUGUAGGCUUGAGAGGGAGCUAGGAGGAAAGCCAGAGCCUGCUCCAAGCCUAAGAAAAAUGUCAUGAUCCUAAUGGACACUAGUCCUCCAAAUCCUGGAGCCAGCCCUUGCCGGCCAAAGGAUCCUCUUUGUCCUUUGAUGACCAUUGUUUUCUUUGCUGAAUGUCUUAUAAUAGGUGAUAAUAUUGUUGACCAAAUUUCCAUGGAAAAAAAAAGAAAAACUACCUCUUGUGACAUCCUGGUCGAUUCCUCUCAGAGGAAUCCUGUGGGAAAAGAAUAUUGUCGCUGUUUACAUGUUUCUAUCGGGGGAAAAAAAAACCCGCCUGCCCUGGGGUAUUGGUGUUUUUGUCUGUGUUGCCAUCCCAGGCCUGUGAUAGGGGCUGUGGCUGCAUUGUAAUGUCUGGGCUGUGUCUGGGGAGUCCUUCCCACCUGCCCGGCUAGGGCCAAGCCACCCCUUGAAGAGGCCUCCAUCUCUUUCUUGGGCUCCAAGGCAUAGGGAGCAUCACCUCCCACAAACACCACCUUCAGGGGCUUUGAUGGCACCUGCAUCAUGAGCCUAACCCAGGCAACCUACCCUGGAACCACUUCCACCUGCAGUCCUGUGUAGGAAUCGAGUAAAUGGGAUGUCUCUGAGCCCUUGUUCCCAAAGGGCCGGCCAAGGGCUGCCUGCCAGCUUGGCUCCAUCAACCCUGCAUGACCAAAUGAUAGUUGGCGGGCUCUGCAGGCUAUUCAGGCCCUCUGCUACCUCCCACACUUGCCUGCUGGCAAGGGAUGGGCCCUGUUCUGUGAAUUGACUACCUGUGGAAAUGUGACCAAUUAGUGUGAAAUGCAUGUUUAGCAAGUGUUAGGUACUGUAUUUGAACCAAUAAAUGUGAAUCCUUCUGCACAUGG